AUGAGCGCCGCCGCCCUCCUCGUCGGCCUCAUCGCGCUCGGCAUCGGCUGCGCGCUGGUGUGCCGCGCGGGAGCGGCGAAGGAAGUUGAUGCCCCGGUCAGGAAGCUGAAGAGCAAGAAGAAGCGCAAGAGGAGCAAGAGCGACAAGAGCAGCAAGAAGAGCAGCAAAAAGAGCAGCAAGAAAAGUAGUAAGAGAAGCAGCAAGAAGGGCAGCGAUAAGCCGGGGAAGAAGAGCAGCAAGCGGAAGGGGAAGGAUAAGCCAAAAGCCAAGAAAGACGAGCAGGAGAUGACCGAGGGCGAGGACUAUACGUUUUUGAACGCGAGAUCACUCAAUACUAGCAAUGGCAUACCCGUCUUGCCAGCAGACAGCCGGGGCACAACCCUGCAUCGAGGUGCCGGUCACAACAAGCCCAAGCCCGACAAGUCACCUAAACUGGAUAACGUCAAUGGUGUGGUUCUGCUCGUAUUGGUACUGAUCCUCGUCGCCGCCGUCACGUUGAUAUUGCUAGUGGGACUGUUGCUAUUCAAGAAGCCCAUCGAGCAUGUGAUCAUGAAGCGGUUGGGCGCCGAGGCGAAAAAAGAACGAAGG